UCCUUUCUUCUUCCGGAUAAGAGAGAUAAGAGAGAGAGAGAAAGAGAGAGUGAGCAUGAAAAUGGCGACUACUCUGCAACUGACGACGGACUUGUCCAAACCAAUAAUUGUGGUGAAACCCUCUCUUGAAUUCGCAAGCACUCCUCGUCAUUGCCGAACCUCUCUAUCUCUACCUCGCUUCAAUAAUAUUGCUAGAGCUUCCUCUUCCUCUUCUGAUUCUUCGCUGGUGAGUCGCAGACAUUUUGUUUCCGAGACUGCGGCGCUGUCUCUGACCCUCACUACUCUGCCGUUGUUUGGAUCCAUACAACCGGCCAAGUCGGAAGAGUCCGCCCUUUCCGAGUGGGAGAAAGUGUCCCUUCCUAUCGACCCCGGCGUUGUCCUUCUCGACAUUGCUUUUGUGCCCGAGGACCCUAAGCACGGUUUUCUUUUGGGGACCAGGCAAACCAUUUUAGAGACAAAGGAUGGUGGAGACACUUGGGUUCCACGUUCAAUUCCGUCAGCUGAAGACGAAGAUUUCAACUACAGAUUCAAUUCCAUUAGCUUCAAAGGGGAGGAGGGUUGGAUUGUUGGAAAACCUGCAAUUUUGUUGCACACUUCUGAUUCUGGAAACAGCUGGGAAAGGAUACCGCUAAGCUCUCAGCUUCCUGGAGAUAUGGUUUAUAUAAGGGCAACUGGUGAGAAGAGUGCAGAGAUGGUGACUGACGAAGGUGCAAUUUAUAUUACAUCAAAUAGAGGCUACAACUGGAAGGCUGCUGUUCAGGAGACUGUUUCAGCUACUCUUAAUAGAACAGUUUCUAGUGGCAUUAGCGGUGCAAGUUACUACACAGGAACUUUUAAUUCAGUGAACCGCUCGCCUGAUGGAAACUAUGUGGCUGUCUCAAGCCGUGGUAACUUCUAUCUUACUUGGGAGCCUGGCCAGCCAUUCUGGCAGCCACAUAACAGAACAGUUGCAAGAAGAAUUCAAAACAUGGGUUGGAGAGCCGAUGGUGGUCUUUGGCUUCUUGUUCGUGGAGGAGGACUUUAUCUGAGUAAAGGUACAGGGUUAACAGAGGAGUUUGAAGAAGUUCCAGUCCAAAGCCGGGGUUUUGGCAUUCUUGAUGUUGGGUACCGAUCAAAGGAUGAAGCUUGGGCAGCUGGGGGGAGUGGGAUUUUGUUGCGAACUACCAAUGGUGGCAAGACAUGGACCCGUGACAAAGCAGCUGACAACAUUGCAGCAAAUCUAUACUCUGUAAAGUUUAUCGAUGACAGUACAGGAUUUGUGCUGGGAAACGAUGGGGUCUUGCUUCGGUAUCUUGGAUGAAGUUGUAAACUUGUAAUUUACACACGGUUGAUCAACGGUGCUUGCAAUUUUGUACUGCUGCUGCAUAUAUGACCAAGUAUCAAAAGCUGUGAAGAGGGGGUCAAAGUGUCACUCAUUUGAUAUUGAAAUUUUGCUGUAAUUAAUACAAAUAUGAAUUACCAUUCGACAACAAAUAUUAUGUCUAUAGAAAUGGUGGUUCUUCCUUCGGGUCAAUGACUCAAUGUCAUGCUUUAAAUGUGAAAUUUGUUUGUCACCAA